AUGCCGCUGGUGAAGAGGAACAUCGAGCCGCGCCACCUGUGCCGCGGGGAGCUCCCCGAGGGCAUCGGCAGCGAGCUGGAGUGCGUCAUGAACAACACGCUCUCCGCCAUCAUCCGCCAGCUCAGCAGCCUCAGCAAACAUGCAGAGGACAUAUUUGGCGAGCUGUUCAACGAGGCCAAUACCUUCUACCUGCGCGCCAACUCUCUACAGGACCGCAUCGACCGGCUGGCCGUCAAGGUCACGCAGUUGGACUCCACCGUGGAGGAAGUUUCAUUGCAAGACAUCAACAUGCGCAAGGCCUUCAAGAGCUCCACCACUCAAGACCAGCAGGUGGUGUCCAAGAGCAGCGUGCCCAAUCCUGUCAAGGAGAUGUACAAUUUGAGUGACAAGCCUCCACCGCUCAGCAUCCUCUCGUCUUACAGGGAUGACAAGAAGGAAGCACUCAAAUUCUACACGGACCCCUCCUACUUCUUCGACCUGUGGAAAGAAAAGAUGCUGCAGGACACAGAAGACAAGAGGAAAGAGAAGAGGAAGCAAAAGGAACAAAAGCGCUGCGUGGACGGAACGUUACAGAGAGAGGUGAAGAAAGUCCGCAAGGCGAGGAACCGUCGACAGGAGUGGAACAUGAUGGCGCUGGAUAAAGAGUUGAGGCCGGACCACCGUCACACCAUACACAGAGAUAGGGGAGCCUCCUCUGAGGGCUCCAUGUCUCCAGAGAACAGGGCUCACGGUGUAGACCUCCACCACUACCCCAAUGCCAUGAACCACGCAGGCCACGCCCACACAUACUCAGGCCCGCCUCCUAGCAUGCUAGCCGCCCAGAUGGCGGCGGGCCAUGGUCCUCGCGGAGGAGGCGACCACCACCACCACCACGACGCCAGGGGCAGGACGGCGGCUUAUCAGGGUGGAACCCUCGGCCGCCCCCACCACCACCAGCAUCAGCAACAAGUCCCUUUGCCGCCCCCGCCUGCUGAGGCUAUGAAUGGCGGCUCUGUGUCACUGCCUCCGCUUGACUACAGCAUGGACGGUUACGCCAACACGGGCCCGCCGCCUCCACCACCGGCCCCGCUCAUCCCCUCCGCCUUGACGGCCUUCGCCUCACCACCCGGAGGCCCUGUGUCGCCUGGCGGCUACGCUCCACCCCCACCACCCUUAUGCGGCGGUCCGGUUGCACCGCCGCCUCCCGGGCCCCCGCCGGUUCCUCUCCAAGGUGCACACAAGAUGUCAUCACCAGUACCGAUGGAGAGCAGCGUGGUCAACGAUGCCCGUAGUGACCUGCUGGCAGCCAUACGGAUGGGUAUCCAGUUGAAGAAGGUUCAAGAGCAGCAGGAGCAGCAAGCCAAGCGGGAGCCGGUGGGCAAUGACGUGGCCACCAUCCUGUCACGCCGCAUCGCGGUGGAAUACUCGGACUCCGAGGACGACUCGGAACUUGAGGAUAACGACUGGUCCGACUGA